GCCCACCUUUUGUCCACCUUCUUCUUCCUCUCGUAUAUCCAGCGCCUUUCAUUACCGUGGCUCGUCGGAAUCUCUGACCUUCAACCUUUUGCUGGAUCCCCAGAGAACCUUUCCCUGCCCCCACCCCCAAUUCAAUCAUUUUCAAGAAUUCCCAAUUCCGUCCUCCCAAGAUUCGCGAUCCACUUUUUUCUCGGAAACCAAUCAGGAGCCACAACAAUCACCGGAAAGGACAAAAUCUUUUCCAUUCUCCUUUCCGCCCCCAAUUCUCCAGCUCCUCCCCGUCUCUCGAUCGGACUGUUUUGAGCUAAAAGAACGCAACACUUUUGGACAGUAGGCUAUGUAUUUGUAUGAGGAUUCCUAAGAGGCAGAGAAAAACUCAGAAAUGUUAGCUUGUGUUAAGUAUUUAUUAAAGAAUCAGCUACACCACACGAUUGGGUCUUGUCACUCUCUUUCAUAGGUGAAGAUGGUUGCCUUUGGGAAAAAGCUUAAGGAAAGGCAAAUUCAAGAAUGGCAAGGAUACUAUAUUAACUACAAAUUAAUGAAGAAGAGAGUGAAACAAUAUGGCCACCAAAUUGAAGUUGGAACACUAGACCGGCGCCAUGUUCUCAAGGACUUCUCAAGAAUGCUUGAUUGUCAGAUUGAAAAGAUUGUCCUGUUUCUGUUGGAGCAACAAGGGCUACUUGCAGGCAGGAUAGCCAAGCUUAAUGAAGAUCAGGAUGCACUACAACAAGAGCCUGAUAUAGCUAAGCUAUCCCAGUUGCGGGAAAAUUAUAGAGAUGUCGGGAGAGACCUCUUGAAGCUACUUUUCUUUGUUGAAAUUAAUGCUGUGGGCCUGCGUAAAAUCCUGAAGAAGUUUGAUAAGCGUUUUGGAUAUCGAUUCACUGAUUACUAUGUGAAGACUCGAGCUAAUCAUCCUUAUUCCCAGCUUCAGCAAGUGUUCAAGCAUGUGGGUCUUGGAGCUGUUGUUGGAGCCAUAUCCCGCAAUCUUCAUGAACUUCAGGAACAUCAAGGAAGUUUCUUAUCCAUCUAUGAUCAACCUGUGCUUCCACUUCAGGAUUCUGUUGUUGAUGCCAUGAAAGCAGCAGUUGACCGAUUAAGCCACUCAACCAACUUCUUGAACUUCUUGGCACAACAUGCACUUAUUAUGCAAGAAGAACUCCCAACCCCUACUGAGGAAAUCGUUGAUGAUAAGAGAUACCAUUUUAUGUCUCUUAUCUUGAAUCUAGCGAACACAUUCCUUUAUAUGAUCAACACCUAUAUCAUAGUACCCACAGCAGAUGACUACUCCAUGAGCCUUGGUGCACCAGCAACAGUUUGUGGUAUUGUGAUUGGGUCGAUGGCUGUUGCUCAAGUGUUCUCCUCAGUAUACUUCAGUGCUUGGUCAAAUAGAUCAUACUUCAGACCUCUUGUCUUCAGUAGUAUCGCUCUUCUCAUUGGGAACGUCAUGUAUGCAAUGGCUUAUGAUUCCAAGUCAAUAACAAUACUUUUGUUAGGCCGACUUUUCUGUGGGUUGGGUUCUGCUAGAGCUGUGAACAGACGUUAUAUCAGUGAUUGUGUGCCACUUAAGAUCCGUAUGCAAGCUUCAGCAGGUUUUGUUAGUGCAAGUGCUCUCGGGAUGGCCUGUGGCCCAGCUAUUGCUGGCUUACUUCAAACAGAGUUUAAAAUCUACAAGUUCACCUUCAAUCAGAACACUUUGCCAGGCUGGGUUAUGGCUGUGGGUUGGUUCUUUUAUAUGAUAUGGCUGUGCAUCUCAUUCAGAGAACCUUCUCGCCCAACUCAAGAGACCAAGGCAGAUCCACAAACCAGUGAUGGUACCACUCCUCCCUGUUCUGUGUAUUUUAUAGGUGGUGUCAUCGUCUUUUUGUCUCAAUCUAACCUAGUGGCUCUUAUACCUUUGGCCGGUUAUCAUGAACCAGCGAGAAACGAUGCUCUUGAGAAAGGUCUUCAACAGCCAUUGCUACCAAGUACAGAAGCCAAUCAAGAUGAUGAAGAUUGUGGGAGUGAUGAUGAAUCUGAUGAUUCUAGAGGACCAGCUAAUUCAAUUCGCUCCGCAUAUAGGCUGCUUACACCUUCUGUAAAGGUUCAAUUGUUAAUAUACUUCAUGUUGAAGUACGCCAUGGAGAUUUUACUAUCAGAGUCUAGUGUCGUGACCACAUACUACUUCGGCUGGUCUACUAGCUCAGUGGCAAUAUUUCUCGCCUGCUUAGGCCUCACUGUCCUUCCAGUGAAUAUCGUCGUUGGAAGCUAUAUAAGUAACAUGUUCGAAGAUAGGCAAAUCUUAUUAGCAUCAGAGAUCAUGGUUUUUGUGGGCAUACUCCUAAGCUUCCACAUAUUAGUUCCGUACAGCGUGCCACAAUACGUCUGCUCAGGUCUCAUUAUGUUUGUCUCUGCAGAAGUACUCGAAGGCGUCAACUUAUCGUUGCUCUCUCGAGUCAUGUCGUCGAGGCUCUCACAGGGGACGUACAACGGUGGGCUACUCUCUACAGAGGCAGGUACGUUAGCUCGUGUGGUGGCGGAUGCAACGAUUACCAUGGCAGGUUACUUGGGGCAGAAAACACUGCUGAAUGUGACUCUUCUGCCUUCCCUGAUCAUUUGCAUAACUUCCAUCCUCGCCACAUGCUUCACCUACAAUUCGCUGUAUUGAUUUUGUUAGACUUGAAUGUAUUCCAUUAGUAAAGCCAAGCAGCCAAAUUUUCGUCUUUCUCCGCCUAAAGCUCCUGUGAUUACGAAGCUUUGUUCUUCUUCCCGUGCUUCUGCGUUGGAUCAGUCAGUCGCCUGUAUAUUUGUUUAGAAACCCAGCUCCAUUUAUUUAAUCAUUUUUCUUAAUAAAAAGGUAAUGCUCGCCCACUCCUACUUGUACAGAGAGCCUGG